UGCUGGAAUUCCUGAUUUUAGAACUCCUGGAACUGGAUUGUAUGAUAAUUUACAAAAGUAUAAUUUGCCUCAUCCAACAGCCAUUUUCGAAUUGAAAUAUCUUCCAACUAAUCCUCAUCCAUUCUUCCAUUUGAGUAGAGAUUUCAUUUCUUCUGGAUAUAAACCAACUAAAGCUCACUACUUUAUCAAAUUGUUGGAAGAAAAGAACAAGUUGAAGAGAUUAUAUACUCAAAAUAUUGAUGGUUUGGAAGCCAAGUCAGGAAUUACAAAGGAGCACUUGGUAAAUUGUCACGGAAUGUACGAUAUUGGUCACUGUAUUGAAUGUUCAAAGGAAUAUUCAUUGUCUGAAAUUGUAAAAAAGAUGGGAACUGAUGAAGAAGUCCAAAUUCCAAAGUGUGACAAGUGUGGACAUAUUGUCAAACCAGAUAUUGUCUUGUUCGGAGAGUCAUUACCUAACAAGUACGUAGAUUGUUGCAAAUCAGAUUUGCUUCGUUCCAAGGAUUGUGAAGUCUUCAUUGUCAUUGGUACUUCCUUGUCAGUCUAUCCUGUUGCUGGUUUACCAGAAUAUGCUCCAGAAGGAUCAACACGUGCUCUUCUUAAUCGUGAAAAAUGUGGACCUUUCAGUAAGGUGAAGGGAAAUGUUGCUGAAGUUGGAGAUGAUUCAGAUUAUUUGGAUUUGUUCCUUGGUGGAGAGGAUUCAUCCAUUGAUGAAUGUGUUGAAAAAUUAUGUAAAUUAUUAGGAUGGGAAGCUGAAUUGGAGGAAUUAUAUGUUAAAGGACCAGUCGAUCUCGUAGAAUUGAGUAAGAAAUAA